UACACCAUUUCUCAUCACAACUCUCAUAACACAAACACCACUUCUCUUAUAUCACCCUCAAAACAAAAAUGAAGUCCUCAUCAUCAGUCAUAGCAGCAAUGAUAUGCUUUGCCAUGGUAACAGGCAUGGCAGCAUCAGCAGCGGAACCAGUUCUGGACGUAACAGGUCAGAAACUCAGAAGUGGAGUCAAAUACUUCAUUCUGCCAGUUCUCAGAGGCAGAGGCGGUGGCUUAACCGUCGGAAGCAGCGUGAACAGCACGUGUCCAAUCUACGUCUUGCAAGACAAGCUCGAAGUGACACGUGGCACACCAGUGACCUUCACGCCUUCCACUCCCAACAAAGAUGGCGUUAUUCUAACUUCCACGGAUCUCAACAUCAAGUCCACGUCAGCACCAAAGUGCAAGGAGUCAUCCGUCUGGAGGCUUCUCAAGGUGCUGAGCGGCGUCUGGUUCAUAAGCACCGACGGCGUCGCCGGAAACCCUGGCGUCAACACCGUUGUCAACUGGUUCAAGAUUGAGAAGGACGGCAAAGAUUAUAACCUCUCUUUCUGUCCUUCUGUAUGUAACUGCUCCACUCUGUGCAGAGCUCUUGGCAUUUUCACUGAUUCUGAUGGCACCAAGCACUUGGCUCUCAGUGAUCAGGUUCCAACUUUCAAGGUCAUGUUCAAGAAGGCUUAAUUAAUUAAGCUAUAAUCAAACCGAAUUGAGCGGAACUAAGCCAAUGCGAAAGAAAGAAUAAUAAAAUCGGCUCUGAUUCUCUUCAUAUGUAAAGGCUCAGCCUUGAAUAAAUAGUUUUACGAAGAUCUUAUUUAUACAUUCAGAUUAGUUAUCAAAAUCAA